AUGAAGCGCAAGAAGAAAUUUUUUAAACGGAAUGGUGGCCUAUUGUUGCAACGAGAGCUCUCAUCAAGCAAUGGCAAUGUUGAAAAAACCAAAGUGUUUACGUCAAAAGAGUUAGAGAAGGCAACUGACAAUUACAAUAAAGAUCGUACCCUUGGUAAAGGAGGUCAAGGUACUGUUUAUAAGGGUAUGCUGUCUGAUGGAAGAAUCGUAGCAGUAAAAAAAUCAGAAAUGAUUGAUGAAGGAAGAGUUGAGCAAUUUAUUAAUGAACUUGUCAUUCUUUCACAAAUUAACCAUAGGAGUGUUGUUAAACUCAUAGGAUGUUGUUUGGAGACUGAAGUUCCCCUACUAGUCUAUGAGUUUAUUCCAAACGGAACAUUGCUUCAGCUCAUUCAUGAUGCUAAUGAAGAUUUCCCAUUAACAUGGGAAGUACGCCUACGAAUUGCCACAGAAAUAGCAGAAGCUGUUUCUUAUUUGCAUAAUAAAGCGUCAACACCCAUUUAUCAUCGAGACAUUAAGUCAUCUAACAUCCUCUUGGAUGACAAGUACAAGGCAAAAGUUUCAGAUUUUGGGGCUUCAAGAUCAGUCACCCUUGACCACACUCAUUUGACCACCAUUGUACAAGGGACCUUUGGAUACUUGGAUCCAGAAUACUUCUACACACACCGAUUAACCGAUAAAAGUGAUGUUUAUAGCUUUGGUGUUGUGGUUGUUGAGCUUUUAACUGGACUAAGGGCUGUCACUUCAACAGAAGCCCAAGAAGGUCGGAGUUUGUCCUCAUAUUUUACUCACACAAUGGAAGAAAAUCGUUUAGUUGAGAUUCUAGAUGCUCGAAUUGAAAAGGAUGCUUCAAUAGAGCAGAUGAUGGCUGUUGCCCAUCUUGCUACAAGAUGCUUGGAUAGGGAAGGUAAAAAUAGGCCCCCAAUGAAAGAAGUUGCCUUUGAAUUGGAAGCAAUUAGAAUGGGACAAAAAGAGGUGACUUCGUCCGUUGUGAGGCCUAAACAGAAUUUCGAAGAAAUUGAAUUCAGCACAAUUGAUCUCACCACGUCAUGGGAAAUUUCUUCUUCCUCAACACAGAUUUGUUCUAGUAUUGAAAAAGCUUCUUCCUUUGAUGUCCAACCACUAUUGCUCAAUACAAAAUGA